CAUGACCAAGAACAGCUGUAGAAAUUGGUAUCAGGAUGCUUAUAAGUAAUUUUGAGAUUGACAGACCCAUUAUCAAAACAGUAUCACGGAUAAUUUUAGACGCUGACGAAUAUGAAGGAUGCCCGCUGCAAGCAACAGCAUGCAAACAACACUAUACUUACGUGACGGACAGAACUACUGGAUGGUAGGUGGAGAAGACAAAGAUAGUGUGGUAGCUAAAUACAGAUUCCCUCUAGAACUACACAUACGCAUCUGUCGAAACGCGUGCAGUGAUAGCAUUAUGAUGGAAUUAACGCCAUCUGCUUUCCCUAUGCCUAUUUCUGUGUAGUAUGGGAAAGCUGUGGAGUGUGAUGAUUCGGUGUAGAUAUAGGAAAUGAAUACACAUGAAAACUACUCGCUGUUUUCUGUGAUCAACGUGAAUGUGCGAUUUAUAGUUUAACUACGGUUUCCAGCGCACGUGAGAGAUAUCAGGUGCCAUGAUUAUCGGAGCCUCUCGGUUGUUACUACGUUCAGAGGAAAGCCUGCCACUUCAAAGAGAUUAAAUAAGAUAUGACGUAAACCUAAUACAACCUCUGACGUCACAAGAUGUCGGUUUAAUAUGAAGAUGAAUCUCGUAUGGCGCUUCGACUGUAUCAUGCGGUAGAAGAAAACAACAUGAAGACACUUCGACUGCUUCUCAUCAAAGGAGCAGACGUUCAUUACAAAUAUUUCGAUGACAAAUCACUUCUACACAUUUGUUGUGAGAAGGAUCGUUUGGAAUGUGCUAAACUUUUGAUGGAAUUCGGAGCAAAUAUUCAGGCAACAGACGAAUGGAACAUGACACCCUUAAUGUACUGCAUGGUUAGGCAUUUUUCUGAUAUUGCAAAAGAAUUGUUGUCACGAGAUCCGCAUGCUGUCAACUCGCAAGACAGAUUUGGAAAGUCAGUUAUUCAUAGCGCUGUAGAAUCUGGGUCAGUGGAACUCUUGAAUCUUGUGUUAAAAUAUGGUGCGGACGUCAACCAGACAGACUGGUACGGGAUCACGCCACUCAUGACCCUUUGCGCAGGUAGUGGAAUCAGACAUUCCAAGGAAAUGUGUCGUGUACUUCUCGAUGCAGGUGCAGACGUAGAUUUGAAGGACGUCCGAAGCAAAAGAACCGCUUUACAGUUUGCAGCGGUUCAGAAGAACAGUGACCUUGUCCAGGUAUUGGUCGCCGCCGGCGCCGACCCCAACACUACAGACAACGCAAGCCUGACGCCACUGACCAGUGUCAUAUUCCAGUUUUAUCGGCUCAAGAACUCAAGCUGUGAUGUCUGUGAUGAUCUGAUGACAAUUGUGAUAAUAUUGACACAGGCCGGAGCAAACCUGAAUCUCAACACUCGCGAGAACUCAAAUCCGUUGUUUAUGGCUGUGACGUUUAAAGUUGAACCCCUUCUAAGGUUUUUCCUCGACUGCGGAGCUAAUCCAAAUGUCGUAUUUCCAAUGGGCGUGACGCCACUGCUGUCGGCAGUGAAGAAAAGGGAUGUUGGGUGUGUCCGUGCACUUCUAAACUGGAGAGCGCGUGCGGACAUUCGUGGACGUGUGUUUAGAACAGCGCACGUGCAUGACCAGUACUGGGUGGAUGCUAUGGAACUUGCCGUGGACCAAGGAUGCUGGGAUAUUGUGUUAGUUUUGUAUUCUGCUGGGUAUAACAUCAGCAGACUUCCCUAUCUCCGAGAGGGCGUACCCGAUUCUGAAAUUCCUGAGUCUCUGUCACGAGAUAAAGACAUGCUCAGUUACCUACAGUACUUGGCAAGUAAUCCAAGGACUCUCUUUCAAUUGGCUACCCUGUGUAUGUGGGACAGUGUGAAAAGCAAUAUACAAGAAAACAUUAAACAACUUCCGCUUCCGACCAGAAUAAAACAACUCACCUCUCCAGAGUUCGUUCUUGGGUGACUUUUUAAAAAUAUUUGUUAACAUGAUGUUUCGUUCGCUUUCCCUAUAUCCACGUGCUCCGUUCUCAUGCAGAAUUGAAACUGAGGUGGAAUAACACCGAGUUUUAGUUACUGAAUCAUACACCAUUUUGCCAAUUUAACCAAAAAUUGAUUUGAUUAUUUUAACCUAUACCGUCGGAUUUACAUGUAUCAUACGGAUACCAAAAUGUGUCAAGUGACAUUUAUGAUGAGACAUAAAUGCAACAGAGGCAAAAUUGAAGACGACAGCUCAUGUUUAUGUGUUAUACUCUGUCAUCAUCAAAUACCAAACAGUAUAAGCAAAUUAAUUUCCUUGAAUGAUUUAUGCCUAUUUUGCUAUUUUUGUAUUUUAUUCCUGUCAUUGAAAGACAAAUGGUACUUAUAUAUAAAGCAUGAAAAUGUAUAUACAAAGCAA